AUGCUCACCAGUGCUAUUUUCUCCUCUCUAUUCCUACUCGCCAGUGCACAGCCAUGGAAACGAGGUAUCUUUAUCGAGCCUGUCACAGACUGCUCUCAACUCCCAUCCUACAACAACCAUACAAAUAUGGCCGGACCUUGGACGCUCAAGGUCGAUAGCUGCUACAACGGAACUGCCACUCGAGGGCUAUGCAGUAUCGAGGGCUUUCAGUCUAGCCAGGAUAUCACACGACAGCGAGAAGACAGACCCAACACAAUCGAGCAUGGAUUUAUCACGAUCGUGGGCGAUAAAGACAACAUCAAAACAACCCUCCGCUGCAACGGCGCCCUAAACAGAAUCGAAGCAUACGUCCUCUCCGGUGUCUCCCCGGGCGCCCUGGACUGGCACGCCGUCGGAAUAGACCACCACCCCAGCACGGGGCGACUGGUUUGGGGCAAACCCAAAGCCGUGCCUAUACAGGCGUACAGACAUUACCACCACGGUAGACCUGUCAAAGGGCUCUUCCUCGGGUCGAACAAUGAGACAAAUUGGUCUAUGCACUCGUCUGGGAGGGAUGUGAGUAUCAUAGAUAUGAAGCCGUUUUGGGUUAUGCGAUUGAUGAUCCCGGAGACGAGUAUUCGGGAGAAUGAGUUUAGGACGUUGAUUCGAAUUGAUGGGAGCUGA